AGGUGCAGGGCGGUCGUCUCCUGCUAAGCGAAUCAUCGCGCGAAGUUCGAACUGGCUGACGGUGGAGGACGCAGGGUCUCCCGGAGGCGGUUAAGUUCUGCAAAACCCAGGAUCUGCAGAAGCCUGAGUUCUGAAAAAGGUCCCCGCGGAGGCAAGUGGGCUGUGAGUCGCGGAAGUCCUACAACUGAUUUUUUGCUGGAGAGGUUCGCGGGCAGGAGGCGCACCUUUGGAGCUCCAUUUCGCGCGGGGAGUUCUAGAAAGACUGUGUGCGCUGCAGGGAUUCCCACAGAGGACUGCAUUGUGUGUCAGUGCCACGCGCUGAGUUGAGUGGCUGAGACCCUGAGAUGGUCAGAGAGAACACCAGAAGGGGUUUGUCUUACCGACACAGACAGCCUGUACUUCACCCCGUCACCGUGGCCUCCUGAGAACAGGUUGAAAUGCCCAAGAUAGUCUUGAAUGGUGUGACGGUGGAUUUCCCUUUCCAGCCUUACCAUUGCCAACAGGAGUACAUGAGCAAGGUUCUGGAAUGUUUGCAGAAGAAAGUGAAUGGCAUCCUGGAGAGCCCCACAGGCACAGGGAAGACACUCUGCCUCCUCUGCACCACGCUAGCCUGGCGGGAACAUCUCCGGGACACUAUCUCUGCCCGCAAGAUUGCUGAGAGAGUACAAGGAGAGCUUUUUCUUAAUCAGGACUUAUCAUCCUGGGGGAAUGCCACCGCUGCUGAUGGAGACUCCAUAGCUUGCUACACAGAUAUCCCAAAGAUCAUCUAUGCUUCCAGGACCCACUCGCAGCUCACACAGGUGAUCAACGAGCUUCAGAACACUGCCUACCGGCCCAGGGUGUGUGUGUUGGGCUCCCGGGAACAGCUCUGCAUUCACCCAGAGGUGAAGAAGCAGGAGAGUAACCACGUGCAGAUCCACUUGUGCCGCAAGAAGGUGGCAAGUCGUUCUUGUCAUUUCUACAACAAUGUUGAAGAGAAAAGCCUGGAACAGGAGUUGGUUACCCCCAUCCUGGACAUCGAGGACCUGGUCAAAAAAGGGAGCAAGCACAAAGUGUGUCCUUACUACCUUUCUCGGAACUUGAAGCAGCAAGCUGACCUUAUUUUUAUGCCGUACAAUUACUUGUUGGAUACCAAGAGUCGCAAGGCACACAACAUCGACCUCAAGGGGACUGUUGUGAUUUUUGAUGAAGCUCACAACGUGGAGAAGAUGUGUGAGGAGUCGGCCUCCUUUGACUUGACACCCCAUGAUGUGGCUUCAGGACUGGAGGCCAUCGACCAAGUUUUGGAGGAACAGACCAGAAUGGCACAGCAGAGUGAGCUCCAGCUGGAGCUCAGCAUGGAUCCCACCAGCUCAGGAUUGAACAUGCAGCUGGAAGACAUUGCAAAGCUCAAGAUGAUCCUUCUUCGCCUGGAAGCGGCCAUUGAUGCUGUCCAGUUGCCUGGAGAUGGCAGUGGUGUCACCAAGCCAGGAAGCUAUAUCUUCAACCUAUUUGCUGAAGCCCAGAUAACAUUUCAGUCAAAGAUCUGCAUCCUGGAGUCACUGGACCAGAUCAUCCAGCACUUGGCAGGACGUGCUGGAGUGUUCACCAGCACGGCUGGGUUGCAGAAGCUCAUGGACAUCAUCCAGAUCGUGUUCAGUUUGGACCCGGCUGAGGGCAGCCUAGGAAUCUCACAGUUCUAUAAGGUGCACAUCCACCCUGACACUGGCCUCCGGAAGGCAGCCCAGCACUCAGAUGCUUGGAGCACCACUGCAUCUAGAAAGCAAGGGAAGGUGCUAAGCUAUUGGUGCUUCAGCCCGGGCCACAGCAUGCGGGAGCUGGUCUGCCAGGGUGUGCGCACCCUCAUCCUCACCAGUGGCACAUUGGCCCCCCUGUCCUCCUUCGCCUUGGAGAUGCAGAUCCCCUUUCCAGUCUGCCUGGAGAACCCGCAUGUCAUUGAGAAGCACCAGCUCUGGGUGGGGGUUGUCCCUAGAGGCCCUGAUGGAGCUGAGCUGAGCUCUGCGUUUGACAAGCGGUUUUCUGAGGAGUGCUUGUCUUCUCUGGGCAAGACUCUGGGCAACAUCGCCCGUGUGGUGCCGCAUGGGCUCCUGGUCUUCUUCCCUUCCUACCCUGUCAUGGAGAAAAGCCUGGAGUUCUGGCGGGCCCGAGACUUGGCCCGGAAGUUGGAGGCGCUGAAACCUCUGUUUGUGGAGCCGAGGAGCAAAGUCAGCUUCUCAGAGGUCAUCGAUGCUUAUUACCAACGGGUCGCCUCUCCUGGCUCCAGUGGGGCUACCUUCCUCGCCGUGUGCCGGGGCAAGGCCAGCGAGGGGCUGGACUUCUCAGACACAAAUGGUCGUGGCGUGAUUAUCACGGGCCUCCCGUACCCUCCACGCAUGGACCCCCGGGUUGUCCUCAAGAUGCAGUUUCUGGAUGAGAUGCGGGGCCAGAACCAACCCGGAAGUCAGUUCCUUUCAGGGCAAGAAUGGUACCGGCAGCAGGCAUCCAGGGCUGUGAACCAGGCCAUUGGGCGAGUCAUCAGGCACCGCCAUGACUAUGGGGCCAUCUUCCUGUGUGACCACAGGUUCACCUAUGCAGACGCCAAAGCCCAGCUGCCCUCCUGGGUGCGCCCAUAUCUCAAGGUGUAUGACAACUUUGGCCAUGUCAUUCGAGACGUAGCCCAGUUCUUCCGUGUUGCUCAGAAAAUUAUGCCUGCCCCAACCCUCAAGGCCCUGGCCUCAGGUGUGGGUGAGGGAGAAGCUGCUGCCAAAGUGGCUGCAUCGCCUGGACCCCUCCUCUCUACCAGAAAAGCCACAAGUCUAGAUGUGCAUGUGCCCAGCCUGAGGUCGAAACCUGCCGGACUGCUGGCUGUGGAGGACCCUGAGAGCGCCCUGUGUGUGGAGUAUGAGCAAGAGGCAUUCCCUGCCCAGCGGAGGCCUGUGGGGCUCCUGGCUGCCCUGGAACACAGCGAGCAGAAGGCGGAGGAACCACAGGAGGCCUAUGCUGGGAAGAAGCUGGCACUUGGCCAUUCUUCCCUGUCCCUUCAGUAUGAAAAGAGGCUGGCUGAUGAGCAGAGAGGUGGAAGGAAGAAGGUCAGGCUGGUCACCCGACGGGAGGUGCCAGCGGCUGGUACACAAGAAGAGAGAGCGAAGCUGUUCAUGGUGGCUGUGAAGCAGGCACUCAGCCAAGCCAGCUUUGAUACUUUUACCCAGGCUCUGAAGGCCUACAAGGGUUCUGAUGACUUUGAAGCACUGGCAGCUUGCCUCCGUUGCCUUUUUGGUGAAGACCCCAAGAAGCAUACCUUGCUCCAAGGCUUCUACCAGUUUGUGCGGUCCCAUCACAAACAGCAGUUUGAAGACAUGUGCAUUCAGCUCACUGGUCAAGGCUGCAGCAGCCGGCCACAGCCCAGCCUCCCCCGUGGGCAGCAGGCAGUGCCAGCCCUGGAACAUAGCGACCCUCAAGAGCUUAUUUCUUCAGGAAAGAAGGAUCCUCAGCCCAAGCUGACCCAAUCCAAGGAGGUGGCCAGGCACCUAGAUCCUGGAGUGCACCUGAACCAGGGUGGGCCUCACUUGUCCACCUGGCAACCCCCCACAGGAGACACCCGCGCCUGUCUAGGAGUGCAGUCCAGAGUAGACAAGCCAGGCCAGUCUGCUGAGAGUGCCUACCUGGCAGAUGUCCGCAAGGCCCUGGGGUCCACAGCCCACGGCCAGCUUUUGGCAGCACUGAAGGCAUACAAACAGGAUGACAGCCUCAGCCAGGUGCUGACAGUGCUGGCCGCACUGACCACCGAAAGGCCUGAGGACCUCCCUCUGUUGCAAAGGUUCGGCAUGUUUGUGCAUCCCCACCACAAGCAGCGCUUCCUACAGACCUGCGCAGAUCUGAUGGGCCUGCCUACCUCAGACACACAACUACUGGGCCUCCAGGAGAAGAGUCCCACCAAACCCCUGGAACUGGCCAGUGAGGCUCCCCAGCCAGGCCCCUCCCAGUUAGAAAGACCCAGAAAGACCCAGAGCAAGAUCUUUUCCUUUCUUAACUGCACACCAGAUGAGCACGAGGAGCCUAGCUUGCCCCCUCGGCCUCCUGACCAUGCAGGCUUCUCGUGCCCAGGCUGCAGGGCAGAAAACACAGUGACCUUCAGGUGCCUCUCCUGUGACUUGCACCGCUGCCAGGCCUGCUGGCGACAGCACCUCCAGCCCUCUAGGACGUGUCCAUCCUGCUUUGCUGCCAUCAGGAAGCAGAGCCUCAUGCAAGUCUUCUGGCCGAAGCUUCAGUGAGCAUCUGUGGAGACACUCAGGGCUCCACACUGGCCUGUCCAGCCUCAUUGUGGGCCACGUGCCUCCUUCCACGCCCUGACUGGGAGGGAGGCUGGCCUGGUACUAACUGCCAGGCCUACUUCGGGCUUCAGACAGGUGGGAGCCCUGACUCUUGGAAUCUGGGGCCACCCCUGGGAAACCCCCAAAGCCUGGGUGGGUCACCUGGAAGAUGAGAUUUCCUCACCGCUGGCUUGUGAGGGCUGCUGUUUGAGCUGUGUUCCCUCUUUAUCAGGGCCAGGGUCUAAUAAAAACCGCUGGCAGUGGCA